AUGGCGUCUGCAUCGGCAAAAAGGUGCUUUGCAACAUCCUCUCCAUACGAAGCUAGAAUUGGGUAUUACCGAGCGAUUCGACGUGGUAAUCAAAUCUUCGUAUCCGGAACUACCGCUGUAGAUCCCUGUUCUCCAGCGAGCGCACCACGAAUUCUUCACGCAAAUGAUGCCCGACAACAGACACGUGUUGCAUUAGAAGAAUGUAUCCGAGCUAUCCGUGAGCUUGGGGGUACAGGGCCGGAGGAUAUUGUUCGCGUCAAGAUGUUUGUUAGUCGCCAUGAAAACUGCGAGGGUGUGGGCAUAGGCUUUAGCGAGAUUCUAGGGAAGCAUAACAAAAGUGAGCACGGCUGUGUGGGAGUUGCAGCCACAAUGAUUGUGGUCAACGGGGGGUUCAUCAAUGAGGAGAUGUUAGUUGAGAUUGAAGUAGAUGCUAUUGUCGAGGGUGUUUGA